AUGGGAUCAUGCCUCAAAUGUGCCAAGAGCGAAAAUUCAAAUAACAACACGAUUUCGAUUUUGAACUACCCCAGAAACAGAGUUCUCGAGGUGAUUCAAUGGAACAAGCAAGGAGAAGCUGAAGAUUUAAUCGAAAAACGCAUAGAGCUUACUAAUCCUAAGAUAGUUCUUGCGAGAGAAAUUAUAUUCUAUCUAAUUAAAAUAAGUUUAUAAUAUAUUAUAAUAUCUUUUAGCUUACUAAAAAUAAGAUAUUGACAAUCAAUCCACAUUUAUUAAAAACUUUAUACAUAAAAAUAGGAGAUAUUUUAUUUCAGUUUGCACUCUGCCAGGCUUAAAGGCCGAAACUUUUGCCCCUAAAGUCUGCCAAGAUCAUUGCCUUGUAGCAGAGGACUCUAGCAGCAUUCUAAUGGCAAUUCAUGACGGCCAUGGGAGUGAAGGUGAAAAAGUGAGUUCAUUUGUAAGCAAUGAACUAGAAAAUUAUUAUAGAACGCAUAAGCAAGAAUUUGCUAACUCUCCAAAACAGUCAUUAAUAUUAGCAACCAAGCAUUGUGACGAAGCCCUUUAUCAGAGUGGGAUUUCAAUUACCUAUUCAGGCACUACACAAGUCAUAGCUUUAAUACAGAAUAAUGAAGUCUAUUUUGCCAAUGUUGGCGAUUCGAGAGCGCUUAUAGCUUCUGGAUCUUCUAGACCAGCUACAGCAUGUUACUCAAAUGAUGAGUGGGGAUCUAUUCUAGAAGAUCUAAAAAAGGCCAGAAAAUAUCCAAAUGCAUACCCAAUUAAGCCAUUUCAAUUAACAACGGACCACAAGCCUGAUUCUGAUACAGAAAUUAUGAGAAUUCUUGAAAACGGUGGCUGCAUCAAAAGAAAAUCCAAUAACGGUGUCAAAUCAGGCCCUCAUAGAAUUUAUAAGUUAACAGAAAACGCGCGAUAUACAUUAAAUGGUGACACUGCCAACUUAAUCUCUUCUAAGAUGAACUGGCACAGGCUCCAUGCCGAGAAUCAAGUGCAGGAUCUACAUAUGUGCGUUCGGGUAGGUUUUUGAUUGCUUUUAUCUGUGGCCGAAAAUGGAGGAACUCACUCCCCCCUCGAAGUUCGACCAAGAUAUAGGGAAAAUUCCUAUUUUUUUUGGAAAAUUAACCCCCCUCAAAGUUCGACCAAGACCUAUAUAAAUUUACUAGGAAAAUAAGCAAUUUUUCAAAAAUUUUAAACUAUGUAGGGGUGAGCUUGCGAUUUUUGUAUUCAAGUUCUAAAAAAGCGUUACAAAACCAUCUUGCACUAUUUUUUCUAACCCUUACACCCUCUCAACCAUACAUAAGAAUAUGAUAAAUUUUUUUUUUUUAACUACUAAAUUAUAUAAAAAAAAUUCUAUAUAAAUUUUUUUUAAAAAAAUUUUUCUUAACCCCCCUAGAAGUUCGACCAAAAAAAUCUUGGUCGAACUUCGAGGGGGGGGAGUCAGCAAUAUCUUUUGAAUCCUCUGCUGAUAAACUAGGGGUUCCGGCUAAAGGGGAGUAUUUAUAUUCUGCUGUCGUAGGAAUAAAGACAAAGACAAUUUUGCCGCAUGCUGCUAGGCUUACUGUAAUUUUAUUACAAAGCGGAUGAAUCUCUGUACUGGAGGUCGUUGGUGGCUAUGUCACCAAUACUCUAGCACCUUUCUCUUAUAACCUAGCUUAACCUAACAGAAAAUGCGCCAGGUCUCGCUACCUCCCGAACCCUUGGUGAUAGAAUAGCAAGACAAAUUGGCGUCAUUUGCGAUCCUGAAAUUACUUUUCAUACCUUUGAUUUUGAGCAGGACGAGUUUAUCGUUAUGGCUUCUGAUGGCCUUUGGGACGUGAUGUCCAAUGAAGAAGUCGUCAAUUUUGUAGCUGCCUAUAAAGAAAACUGUCAAAAAGAAGUCGUCCAGCCAUCAAUUUCAGAAGCAAACUCAAGCAACUCAUGCAUUGCUCAACUGCUAUGCGAAGAAGCAAGAUUAAGAUGGCUAAAGAUUUCUGCCUAUAAAAAGACAAAUGUUGACGAUAUCACUUGUAUAGUCUUAGAUCUCAACAAAGACAAUAACGGAUCAUUUACAAUGGAAACAAGUGCUGAGAAAUCAGAUAAUAAAGUCAUGCCUGAAAUGAGUCCACAUACCCCGCAUGCUGAUAGGCAAAAAGAAAUCCUUUACAAGCACGUCAUGAAUUAUGCACCAUUUGAAGCUGGGAGAUGUCCUUAA